AUGGCCUCUUUAGGAAUGCGCCACGCAUUCCUCCGCACCCUCACACCCCGAACUACACUCCGCCCCAUCUCCACAACCCGCAUCGCGCGCCAACCCAACGAGAACGACAACGGCAAGCCCUCCAUCCCCUUCGCCACCUCGCCCGCACCCCCACGCCUCCCAAAAGAAGAACAAGAGAUCUUCGAGGAGCUCCAGCGCCGCUCGACGGGCGCGUUCAGCACGCCGCGCGUGAACCAGUCCCCGCAGGCCGAAACCAAGAUCAAGGCCGAUGGCAGUGGCGACGAGCUGCAUCCCGAUGCGCCGGUGGGGCUCAGGCCUGAGUUUGAGGGCGAGAAGAAUCCCAAUACUGGGGAGGUUGGUGGCCCCAAGAAUGAGCCGUUGAGAUGGGGGUCGGAGGGUGAUUGGAGUUAUGGGGGGCGGGUUACUGAUUUCUGA